UCAAAUUCAGGAAGCACUUGAAGGGAACACGGUGCGAAGCAUGGUCACGUGAUCGGGAGACGAAACGCGAGUUUGGUCAUGGACUGAGGGCAGAGUGCUUGUUCAAUGGCAAUAACACAUACACACUUUCCAUGGUUCUUCACGUUAAACUCCGGGAUUGUAUGAAUUUCGAGACAGCCAGAAGAGGAAGCCUAAAGCAGUGAGUGAGUGUGACUGAUCACAGCUGUAUACAUUUUGGAGAAUAUGACGUUGUGGAUCUGAUUUCCCAGUUAAUAUGAGGAUAUUGUCCCUGCUGUAUGUUUGUUGGUUGCUUCUUGAAUCUGAAGCAAGUAGAUUUGCUUGUUGUUCUUUUUCAGGCACUGUUUCGGUCCCUGCACCAGCAUCCCCUAAAGUCUUGUCGAACAACUUCGUCCACAUCUUGCAGUGGAGUCCAGGAAAUGGGACACAACCUGGAACAGUCUACAAUGUGAUGGUUGGUAAUAAUCUGGUACCUAGCGUCACUGGUACAUCUGUCGACAUCUCUAAAUACAUGACAGAUAAAUACUCACCGUACAAGAUCCGGCUUUGGGCGACAAUUGGGAACAGUUCAUCAUCCAAAGUCAAAAUCCAUUUUUCGCCAUAUAUAAGCACCAUUAUUGGGCCUCCCAAGUUAUCUCUGUCUGGCUGUGGUCACUGCUUGAAUAUCAGCAUUGAUUUACCAAAUCGCCCAGACCCCUCUGACAGCUUUUACAAUGCUAUAAAUUUUGACAUAUACUGGAGGAAGGUCAGCGAUGAUAAGGAUGAUUGCCACAAUCCGUUUACCAGUUCCCAGAGUCAAAAGUAUGUCUCAUAUUCGUACAUCCUGCCUAAUCUUCAGCCGGGUGAGCGCUACUGUGUGCAAGCCCAGCCGAAAGUCAGCAGCAUACCUGAACAUCAGCUACUGAACUCCUGCGCCUGUGAAUUCACCAGUCGAAUAGAGCCCCGAGGGGUCACGUUCCUGGCUGGUUGGGUUGCCAGCUCUAUACUGGUGGGAUUGAGUUUUCUGACUUUCAUAUUCUUCCUCGUCUACACCGGCUUUCUGUGCAAGCCCAACAUCAGACUUCCCAAAGCACUGAUUAUUCUUGUACCUGGCUACAUCAUGUCCCCAGAGGAGACGCCUAUAUCGGUGGCCGAAGUGGAGAACAACAUACAGAUCCAGAAGUCUGAAGAUCAUCAGUACAAGAAUGAGAAGAAAGGAAAAAGUCUCCACAAGCAGAACGACGACGAUGACGAUGAUGUAGACGAGGAUGAUGACGAUGACAAUGAGGAUAAAGAUGACUACAUGGACCGAGGGGUUCCCAGCGAGUCGGAGAGCACAGGCAGUGGGAGACUGUCCGACUGUGAAGCUGCAGAGAAUCCGGGCGUAUGCAACUUCGAGGACUCCCUCACACACACCUCAGACACUUUACUGCUCUCUCAGGUUCAGUACAGAGAGUGCAAAAAUUACAGCCUAGGAGAUUUGCUUGAUCCAGAUACGAAAACCUUAAUUCCUCGUAGUGCAAAAGGAGGGGACAAAUUAGGAGAAGUAAUGAAGAAAGAAGAAAAGGAAGAGAGAGACAGUGGGAAUGUUAACCUGUGGUCAGUGGUGUUAAAGUCCAUGCAGCCGGAGGAAGAGGAGGUGAACGAACCGAGUGACGCCAAAGAGCCUUUGUUACCUUUAUUAUUAAAAGAAUUAGGAGAACAUCGGCAGACAGGAAGUUCUUCAGAACUUCACACUGCACUUUUAUUGCACACACAGACUGAAGCACCGAGUGGUCAAGAAGAGGAACAUGAUGACAUUUUUGACACGAGUUUCAGUGACCAAAUACGAACAGGAUACAUGGCAUCACACACAGGUGAAAUAGACACAGAACACUGUUCAUCCAGUGACGAGGAGGAGGAUUGUACAUCAGGCUACAUGCUCAGAUGAAGAUGUGCUUUUUGUCUUUAAUGUGGACUGUUUCGUGUCAGAGUUUAUGUGCAUUUUGCCAAGUGACUUUCUGGAUGCUUGCAGCAUGGAGUGGACCAGCUAAGCAAAAUUACUGACAUGAUUAUUUCCUCUUGGUAGAUUUUCCUGUUCUAAUGAUCUGUAAAGAGUAUAUGCUCUUAGGUGUUUGCCUUGUGCUACGUUCACACCUACAGAGACUCGCAACAACAAAGUGACCAGAGAUCGUUCUCUUGAGUGAGGAGCUGUAACUUAACUGACAGUGAACAUUGGAGACUAGAUGUGGGCGUGCCAAGGGAGUAGAUGAGUGUGUGUCCGGGGACUAGACGUGGGCAUAUCCGGGGAAUAGACAUGGGUGUGUCUGGGGACUAGACAUGGGUGUGUCUGGGGACUAGACGUGGGUGUGUCUGGGGACUAGACGUGAACGUGUCCAGGGGAAAUACAUGUAGGCAUGUCCGGGGAAUAGAUGUGGGCGUGUCUGGGGAAUAGAUUUGGGCGUAUCCUCACAUAUUGUUUCACUGUAUUUACAGAAUAAUAUGCUUUUAAUGGGCUUUAAAAUUAAUUUUUUAAAGUUAUAGGCCCAUAAACCAAAUAUAAAUUAUCUGAAAUUAAAUAUAGUAAUAUAAUAUAGAAUGUAAUAGAAUAAUAAGUACAGUUAACUUUUGCUUCUGACUUUUAUACGCGCGGCUUUAGAUGAUGUUCCUUAAACAUCUGUAAGUAAAUUAGGGUUUUGCUCUUUACUGAGAGCGUCGUAGACACAUGAGCGUCUAUUGACUUGGCUGGUCCAAUGUGUUCGUUUGCACUGCUUCACAGCUGGAAGGGAUGAAGGAUGAAGGGAUUUUGGCAGACGAUAUAAUCAUUAAAUGCUUGUGGCUGAUACUAUGUACAGACAUACAUCACAGUGGAAUUCUUUUCUGCACAUAUCCCAGCUGAGGAGGUUGGGGUCAGAGCGCAGGGGCAGCUAGGUUACAGCACCUCUAGAGCAGAGAGGGUUAAGGGCCUUGCUCAGUUGCCCAAAAGUGGAGCUUAAACCCCGAUCCUCCAAUCAACAACCCAGAGCCUUAUCCACUUGAGACACCACUGCCCCCUUUCUGAAGUAGAAAGAAGUAGAAAGAGCUCAUUAGAAAUUGAGGCACAAAAUUCAUAACUUUCCAAAGACACACUGACACACGCCUAGGUUUAAGUUAUGUUGCAUCAUAACAUCUCACAUCGGGGUUUAUUCAGAGGCCGUGCUGACAGAUUAGAUCUUCUGUAGUUUAGCUUCCUGUACAUCAUCCCUGACAAAUCAGGAACAAAUACAGAGUGAUGUAAAGGGGUGACUAUUUUCUGCACUUUAGUUUUUAAUUCAUUGUGUUUGCUGAUAGACAAAACCUCAAAAUCCAUGAAGUAACUAAAGAAAUUUCAAUAAUUUAAUAUCUCUCUCUCUCUCUUUCCCUGUUUCUCUCCCUCAGUCUCUUUCUUUCUUUCCCUCCCUCCCUCUCUCUCUCUCUCUCUCUCUCUCUCUCCCUCCAUGUUUCUUUACCUCUCUCCCUCACUCUCUCUGAUCACCCCUGUCUCUUUCUCCCCCCUCCCCCUCUCUCUUUGUCUUUCACUUUCCGUGUUUCUCUCCCUCUCUCUCUCUCACUCCCUCUGUCUCUUUAUAUCCCUCCCUCACUCUCUCUCACUCCAUCUUUCUUUCCUACUCUCUCUCUCUCUCUCUGUGUCUCACUCUCUCUCUCACACUUAGAGAUUUAACUGGUUCAGACAACAAAGACGCAGCAGAGACCUGCUCAGACUGCACAGCAACGCCAUGUGUCAUGCCAGAAAUAAAAUGAAUGUAAAAUAUUAUUCCUUUUCAUUGUGUUCAAGGAUUUGUUGUUUUCUUAGAUUUGUAUAUUUUGGUUGUUAUCUACAGUAUAAACCACUCGUAAACCGUCAAACCGUUGGACAUGGAUGUGAAAUCUUGUGAUUGUGUUUGUGAAAUGAUGCUGAACUGAAUUGAUAAAUGUCUUUUAUAAAUAAAUGCCUGAAUGAGUAA